GCCUGUGACGAGCUGGUGACGUCAUCCUGUCGCGGUGCUUCGCUCUCGGUGUGUGGAGGAGGAAGCGGGAGGCACCGGAGGAGGGAGCGCUGUCACCGCCCGAGCGAUACCUGACACAGCGGCUCAGAAGCUCGGUAAGGAGGAGCCAUGACUGAAAUCAGUGACCUGGACCGGCAGAUUGAGCAGCUGAGACGCUGUGAGCUCAUCAAGGAGAGCGAAGUCAAAGCCCUUUGUGCCAAGGCCCGGGAGAUUCUGGUUGAAGAGAGCAAUGUCCAGAGGGUGGACUCCCCCGUCACGGUCUGCGGAGACAUCCAUGGACAGUUCUACGACCUGAAGGAGCUGUUCAGGGUUGGGGGUGAUGUCCCAGAAACAAACUACCUGUUCAUGGGAGACUUUGUGGACCGCGGCUUUUACAGUGUCGAAACAUUCCUCCUCCUCCUCGCAUUAAAGGUCCGCUACCCCGACAGGAUCACGCUUAUCCGUGGGAACCAUGAAAGCCGACAGAUCACACAAGUCUAUGGUUUCUACGACGAGUGUCUGCGCAAAUACGGCUCGGUGACGGUAUGGCGGUACUGCACGGAAAUCUUCGACUAUCUCAGCCUGUCUGCCAUUAUCGAUGGAAAGAUCUUCUGUGUGCACGGUGGACUCUCGCCAUCAAUCCAGACCCUGGACCAGAUACGGACCAUCGACCGCAAACAGGAAGUCCCUCACGACGGCCCCAUGUGCGACCUGCUCUGGUCUGAUCCAGAAGAUACCACCGGGUGGGGGGUGAGCCCUCGCGGAGCCGGGUACCUUUUUGGGAGCGAUGUCGUAGCACAGUUCAACGCCGCAAAUAACAUCGACAUGAUCUGCCGCGCGCACCAGCUGGUCAUGGAAGGGUAUAAGUGGCAUUUCAACGAGACGGUCCUGACGGUAUGGUCUGCGCCAAACUACUGUUAUAGAUGUGGAAACGUUGCCGCCAUUCUCGAGCUGGAUGAGCAUCUCCAGAAGGAAUUCAUCAUUUUUGAAGCCGCCCCGCAAGAGACCAGAGGCAUUCCCUCCAAGAAACCGGUCGCCGACUACUUCCUGUGACCUGCCCCUUCCAUGCCAGGGCCGCUCCACUACUUCCUCCUGAUGUGUCUGGAACUUCUCCAAGGGCCUCUUCCCUGUUUCCUCAGCCCCCCUUUUUGAUGGUGGGACCAGCACACGAUGUGAGGGGCAGAAGAACCUGCAGACCUUGCCUCUCUCCUCCUUGUCUAAGUCUUAUGGGGGUCGUCUUGUGCUGUCAUGGGGGGUGCACUGUAUUCUAACAUUUAAGGGGGGCACUUGACGUUGAAUUUUUGUCUUGGAGGGGGACAGAAGAGCAGUGCUCUGCAGCUCUGACAAUGGAGCGUUGAGACGUCUCAGGAAAGGGGUUUUCUUCGUGCUCAAGACUUUCGGUGGGGAAGGGGGUGGUAACUGACCGGGAGGAGGGGGGUAGGUCAGGGCAGUGUUAUGCAAGGAAACCAAAAUCCUUUUAGAAUUUUUUUUAUUUCCCCCUUCUCCCCCCCCCCCCUCUAUUUUGUAAAUUCCGUACCCCCCACAUCCAGUCAUUCCUCGCUGCCCCCGUCUGAGGCUGGUGGUCUAUCCCUGCUGGGAUGAUGUUAGUUUGGAGUGCCUUAGUGCAGCAGACCCUGGGCCUACGAUCCCAGCAGGGCUGAGGCAGAUGUGCGCCGCCCCCGUCACGUUGCCAUAUGAGGUUUUUCUCAAGCCACAAAAUUCCCCUUCACGUUCCGUCUUCUCCACAUGAUUAGUCCCGAGGCCGGUGACUCCGGGCCCCCAGGGACUGCGCCUUUCCGGGUCCCGGCAGAUUCCUGUUUUUGUAAAUUAUUCUCUUUUUCUAUCCCGCUAUUUCCAUGUGACUCAGUAUCUCCCCUGCUCAUCGUGCGCAUUGAUCAGUCAGGUUUUUAUUAUUUUUAAUUUUACUUUUUUUGGUAGAUAAAGCCACAGACGUCUGCUAAUAAAACGAGAAAAAAAGAUAAAAAAACUGGAAAGCUG